AACGCUAAUCAUGUUUAAUUCGACAAACGGAUUUUAACUAUGCUCCUCAGAAGCUGCCUCACACGAUCUUGAGCCAAUAAAGCUAAAAGCUUCUACGCUCUACUUCAGAAGAAACUGCCUCUCUCUCUUUCCUUCUCUCCUCACGCAAAUACAUGUGGCCUUAGGAAUUUCGGAGAUAUUGAUUAGGCUGCCUUCAGUUUUCAGCCUGUUUGGAAGGGUAAUCUUUAAGGGUUGAUAUGGCUGAAAGACCGCCAUUCGAACCUCAGCACGGGACUGAUCCACAAUUGCAGUCUACUCCUCCUCCAAAGGAAGACAUGAUCUCCCAUGUGAUGGCCUUGGAGGCUGCUCUGUUACCUUGCUUGCCUGCUAGAGAACUUCAAGCAAUCGACCGUUCUCCCCAUCCUUCUCACCAGAUUGAUGUUGAGAGGCACGCUAGAGAUUUCAUGGAGGCAGCCAAAAAGCUUCAGCUCUAUUUCAUUGGUUUGCAACGAGAGGAUCGACCUACCAGAGCAGAAACCCUUCAGAAGGAGAUUGCUAUGAUGGAAGAAGAGGUGAAGGUAAUGAAUGAGGUUAUCAAGAAGCAAGAAAAAAUGAUUGAUGGAUGGACGACUGAGUUGAAAGAACAACUACAUAAACACAACGUUGAGUUAGAAAGAGUAUAAUAGGAUGACGAUGUCUUUUCUGUUAACUGUCACACAUAUCGUAUUUUCCAUACUCUGCUAUCUUAGUCAAAUCAGUAUCCAGGACUAUCCAUUUAGUUAAGGUAUUUGUUAUUUGUUUAUUUGCGUUUGCAAAUUACCCAUGUAAUAGGAAUUUGAGAUGGCCAAGAAACAGUGGAUUCGUGCACUCCUAUAAACAGUUUUUUGCUAAAUAUUUUUAGAGGCA